AAGAUUGCUUUGUACUCUGUUUGGGAAGAACCAAGUUCAGUUAGGAUUCAGGACAGAGGGAAGAAGAGGGAAAAGGUCCAAACUUUGUAGCAAAUUCACAGUAGAUAUGGAAGUGGGUAUGUCACUAAAUGCGCUGGUGAGGCUGCCAUUAUCGAGUUCGUCGAGAACUCAGGAAGAUGGAUUGGUGAAGCACUCGUUUUUCUCACCGCAGAGAUGCAGGGGGACCCGACGUGGCAGUUCUUUGUUAAUGGUUGAAGCUAAGGGGAAGAGAGGUAUGGCGAAUCGCCAGUUUCAGCAGAGACCUCCUCCGUUGCCGAAGAUUGAAGAUGAUGGGAAUCCCAAGUUCGUCAUCUUCAUCCGCAUGGCCAAUGUAAUGUUUGUUCCCUUUUCCACUCGCUCCCCUUUUUUGCUAGUUGUAAAAAGUUCAAAACUUCACUCGGUAGAGGAAUUGAGUCCCUUUGCAGUUCUGUUCAAUCUGAAUUUCAUCAGUUCAUAUCAUAAUGAUUACGGCGGGAUUUGGUUCAUAAUUUCAGUUCGGUGUAGUUCAUUUAGUGCGAUUGCUCAUUUUAUUUCGCUCUUCUCUCUUUGUAUGCGUUUCCAGAAUCCAAUUCGACCGCCUAUCCCGCAGUUAUAGAUAAUUGCAGGUUGAGUUCUGCAGACUCUGUAGAAGUUAGGACUUAGAACGGAUGGUGUUUCUAAUCUUCUCCUGCAUUUUGUGGAUGGGACUGCGUCUAGGAUUUCCUUAACAUCCAUUGCUUUAAGUUAAUUUUAGCUAUAAGGCUGAGUGUUUAUAUUGAGACUGUUGUUUACUUAUUCCCCCAGGUUUACAUUUGGUACCCGCUUAGCCUAAUAACAGGAGGUACCACAGCUAAAAUCAUGGUUGCUGCCAAGGACAACUUUUUGGGCAAGUACAUCUACAAAGACACACUUGCUCGAAACAUCGCCGCGGUUAUCUAUCGGGAUGAGAAGGAAAUAAAGAAGACUGCAAUCAAGCAACAUCGUGUGUUACGAUCAGCAACCGAGUUCAGAUAUGGUUACAAGCUCAUUGAGAAUGGCAACGUAAGAGCUGGUCUUGCAACGAAUGAUGUUAUUGAGCUUCCGACCCCAGACAAACUCAAAACAGUGGUCGACAAAGUGAAAGACUUCUUUGGGGACGCGAAGGAAUCAUUCGGGAAGCUUACGACGCUAAACUCGACUGAAGACGAGGAAGCGCGACCAGAAGUUACGAAAGGAGAGGAGAAAGCAAAAAUUAAAGGCUGAAAACCCUAGCGAGAAGUCAGCGCUGAACUUUGAACC